AUGCCGCAAGUUGCGACAACAGCGCAUACGCGCCCGUGGCCGACGUCGACUCCUCCGGCGCUCCUGAUCGCCGUUGUUGACCUGCAUCCCCUCGCUUGGUCGCUCCUCUCCAACCUCCGGCCCGUUCCAAGCUCACCAGGCGGCCCUGAGAAGGAGAAGGCGCCCAUCGCGCCGCUGACUCUGGCAGAGUUCGCCACCAACCUCAUGGUGUUUCUGAAUGCGCACCUCGCGAGCCGAUGGGGUAACGAAGUAGCCGUGUACAGUGCGACGGCGGGAAAGGCGGUAUUGUUGUAUCCCCAACCUGACGAGGAGCCGUCCAGGCUGCGGCCCAACUUCUACCGCCCCUUCCAGUUACUGGAUACGCGGUUCCAGGAGCAGCUCAAGGCGGUAUUUUCUGCAGAGCAGCAGCGCCUGGAGGAGGCAGAUGGAAAGGGGCUGAAUGACCCACCGGCCCUCGUUUCGGCAUUAACCAAGGCUCUGUGUUACAUCAGCCGCCGGCGUCCGCCUGAGACACACCCCACCGGGAUGGCCAUCGCAGACGAGGGGAAAUCCUCGAAUCCAGAGCUACCUGAAUCGCGUAUCCUGGUGCUGAACGCAACACCAGGAGGAGCAGAGGACGCGGCUGCGCUGAAUGGCAAGACAGCCAAGGCGUCUGGCGGGAGUGGCGGACAACGCGGCUACGUUGGUCUGAUGAACUGCGUCUUUGCCGCACAGAAGGCUAAAAUCCCGAUCGACGUCCUCACCCUGCCGCCGGAGAGCACAAAGACGGCGCCUCCAAUCUUCCUUCAGCAGGCGGCGCACUUGACGGGUGGCAUUUACUGGCGAUGGAACGGACGAGGCGGCAUUCUCCAGUACCUACACUCGUUGUAUCUCCCGCCACAUUCGCUGCGAAAGCGGCCGUUUACGCAACCGCCACAGGAUGCGGUCGACUUCCGUGCCGUCUGCUUCUGUCACCAGGACGUCGUCGACAUCGGCUUCGUGUGCAGCGUGUGUCUGAGUAUCUUCUGCCAGCCAAAGCCUGUGUGCCAGAUGUGUAAGACCAAGUUCCCGCGCAGCGCGUGGGCUACGCUCAAAGAGCUCGCGGCAAACGUCGAGCCCAUCCCGCUUCCAAACACAGUGGUUGCACCGAGGCAGAGGAGGGAGCGCCCCCCGACGAAUGGCGCGUCGACGUUGAACGGGCCACCACCUGGCACCGAGGUUAUCGAGAUCCUCUAG